AAGGAGGAGGAGGGAUCGCCUCGGCCAGCAGCCGGCUCCCCUCCGCCGCCCGGUUGGGGCCGGGGCCGGGGCCGCGCCUCCCCGCCCGGCAGGAGGUGGGACCAGCCCCGGCGCUGCCGCCCGGCUCCUCCUUCCAUCCCUCCAUCCCUCCCUCUUUCCCUCCCUCCUUCCAUCCCUCCCUCUCUCUCCCUCCCGAGGGCUGAGCCAUUCCGGGAAGGCGCCCGGCUUCCCCCCGCCGCUCCUCGGUUAACGCCGCACCGGCAAUCGGCCGCCGCCGUCACCGCCGGGGCUCGGCCCCGCGUCUCCCCGCGGCGGAGGAGCUUGCGCCGAGGUGCGGGGUUCCCCGCUCUCCCCGGGAGCGGCGGGCAGGAGGGGGGGAGGCACGGGAGGACAAGUGGACCGAGCGCCCGGGAACGGGGGGCGGCGGGAGUGGGGGGUGUGUGUGUGUGUGAGACCGACCGGCCGCCGCGUAGUUGUUUUGCCCGGGGUAAGUUGACCGAUCGCCGGGGGAGGCUGCGCUCGGAGCGGGGGCAGCGCUCGGCUCCACGGCUCCCUGCCGCCCCCAGCCCCCUCGGGGGGGGGCGCCUGGUUUUUUUUUCCUUCUUUUUAUUUUUAUUCUUAUUAUUAUGGGGUCUGCGGGGUCGCAAAUCUUCCAGUCCGGCGUUGCUUUUCUUCCUUGUCCAACGCUCUGCGGAGAACUAGAAUAUUUCUUCCCCGAGAUGCUGCAGUGAAUUUUAGUCCCAGGAAAUCAAGGCGAACAAAAAUAAUCCGAAUAACCCCAACCCGUUUGUUACCGCGCCAGAGCAAACGCUUGCCCAGGCACAGAUGAUGGCAAAGAAUUCCCUGGAAGGGUCUAAAGAAGACCUGAGCAAAAUUUCGGAAGAGGAGAUGCUGAGGUGGAGCAAGGAAGAGCUGGUGAAAAGACUGAGGAAAGUGGAGAAUGAAAAGAUGAACUUAAUGGUGGAACACGGCAACUUAAUGAAGGACGUGAACCGGCGGCUGCAGCUCCACCUGCACGAGAUCCGCGGGCUGAAGGAGGUGAACCAGAAGUUGCAGGACGACAACCAGGAGCUGAGGGAGCUCUGCUGCUUCUUGGACGACGACCGGCAGAAAGGCAAGAAGCUGUCGAGGGAAUGGCAGCGCUUCGGGAGGCACACGGCCAGCGUGAUGUGGAAGGAGGUGGGCAUGUACCAGCAGAAGCUGAAGGACCUGGAGGCGAGGCAGGAGACCCUCCUGCGGGAGAACGUGGAGCUGAAGGAGAUGGUGCUGAUGCUGGACGAGGAGCGGAGCGGGGCCGGCUCGCGAAGCUCCAUCGACAGCCAGGCCAGCCUGACCAACCUCAACGGCGGCUCGGCCACCAGGGACGUGGGGGACGGGAGCAGCACCUCCAGCACGGGCAGCGCGGGCAGCCCCGACCACCAUCACCACCACCUCCACCACCACAAGACCGGCGACAGCAAGGCCGGAGCCAUGCGGAGGUCUAUGGAUGACCUGUCCGCCCCACUCCACCACCGGAGCAUCCCCAACGGCCUCAAUGAUUCGUCUUCCAACUAUAUCAGGCAACUUGAAACAAAAGUGAAACUGCUGGAGGAUGACAACAAGCUUCUUUCCCAGCAGUCCAGCACGGGGGACCUGAGGACUCUGAGGAAAGGGUUGUCCCCGUACCACUCUGAGUCGCAGCUCUCAUCCCUGCCGCAGUAUCAAGAUGCCCUGCAAAACGGACCAGCUCGCAUGACGUCUGACCUCGCAUCUUCUCCUGCAGCAGGGUAUGUUCCUGUUGGUCAGAAGCCAGAGGCUGUUGUGCAUGCUAUGAAGGUCCUUGAGGUCCAUGAAAAUUUGGACAGGCAAAUGCAAGACAACUAUGAAGAAGACCUGAGUGAAAAGGAGAAGGCGAUUGUUCGUGAGAUGUGCAAUGUUGUCUGGCGAAAGCUGGGGGAUGCUGCGAGCUCCAAACCCUCCAUCAGGCAACAUCUUUCGGGAAACCAAUUCAAGGGUCCCUUGUAGGAGCACAGUCCUGGGGGCUGGAAGUGAUCGGUUCUGUGAAGACUGAAGAGGCAGAGCUCAGCGGUUCUGGCUGCCUGCUCUUUGGGAGUCGGGGUUGAGUUU